UUUUGAAUUAAGUUAAACCAUAGAAUAAUCGAUUAGCUAACGAAAUAAUUUUGGACUUCAUUAAAAGACCUAAAACGCCUUGCAAGCGCAUUCAAAACCAUUGAAUAUAAAGAGGCUGUCACAAAAAAAUAGAGAAAGAAAUAAAAAUCUAAUUGAUUACAAUUAAGUAUGGCCACCGAUUCGAAAUCUACAACUAUUAGCAGUAUAACAACAACACCGCAUACAACAACUACAACCAGUGCGAGUUCAAUGGAUAAUACCAAAGUAGCAACGGAAUCAUUAGCCAUACACACAGCUGCAAGUGGCGUAGGAGGCGGUACAACAACCAGCGUUGUGGGCAGUGGAGGGGGCGAGGCCGGUGGCACAUCAUCCAACAAUGACAAAUCAGAAAAGCAUAUCGCACGUAUUGAUUUUGAUGCUCAUGGCGAUAGCAUUGCUUUGCUUGCCGGUGACGAUUCGGAUUACACGCCACCCCCAUCACCGCUAUCAGCCAUUGGCUAUGGCCCACCAAUGGAGCCGCAAAAGCGACGUUGGUUAUCAUCUUUGCAUAGUGUAAUCUUUAUCAUUACCUGCGCCCUAGCAGUGUUCAUUGUUUUUCGUAACGUCUUAACUUGGCAUUUGCAAAGCUUCUGGGGUGCAUCGGGUGAUUUCUGGCAGGCGCAAUGGGAUAAAUUUAUCGAUAAAACAGGUGACGAUCCCAUGAUGCUUUGGGUUGUCGGUAGCACAAUAUUCACAAUGAUUGUCUAUUGGUUGGUGGGUGGCAUUUACACUUUCAUGGAUUUAACCAACCGGCCAGCAUUCCUGCGCAAAUACAAAAUCCAGCCCGGCACUAAUGAACCAGUCGAAAGCGAACGUUUAAUGAAGGUUAUGUGGCGCGUAAUUAGCAAUCAACUAUUUGUCGGCAUCCCAUUUGCUUUUCUCAGCUAUAAACUAAUGACUUUGCGUGGCCUCAACUCGAUACGCGAAUUACCCACAUUCCACUGGGUCUGUGUGGAGCUGACCGUUUGCAUUCUAAUGGAGGAGUUAGGAUUUUACUAUUCACAUCGGCUAUUGCAUAACAAACACAUUUACAAGUUUAUACAUAAGCAACAUCACGAAUGGACGGCACCAAUAGCGGUCACCGCAAUCUACUGCCAUCCCAUUGAGCAUAUUUUUAGCAAUCUGCUGCCUCCGUUUCUGGGGGUGUUCUUGAUGAACACGCACGUGGCCACGGCUUGGAUGUGGUUUGCUUUAGCCAUUCUGUCGACAUUGAAUGCACACUCGGGUUAUCAUUUGCCCUUUUUCCCCAGCCCAGAGGCGCAUGAUUUUCAUCAUUUGAAAUUCAACAACUGCUUUGGUGUGCUAGGCGUUUUGGAUCGUCUACAUGGCACUGAUAUUUUAUUCCGCGCUACUAAGUCCUACACGCGUCACAUUAUGAUGCUGAGUUUUGUGCCACCACGUGAGGCCUUUCCGGAUUCGUCAACCAAAUAAGAAUUCUCAUGCAAUGCUAGUUGCUGAAUAUAUUAGAGGGAUAUGUUUUAAAUUAAUUUCAAUACAUUACAUACCUACAUAAAUAAAUAUGUACGCAUGUAAUUAAUAAAAUGUUUGGCAAUACUUAUAGAUUUAAGUUGCAAUCUAUAAAUUUAUGUGAUAUGAAUGUAUGUAUGUAUAAAUGUAGCUAAAUUAAGCAAUAAGAUAAUUAAUAAUAAUCCGA